ACAUAGAAGAUAAUAACAGCUCUCCUCAAAUCCACGAACUUCAACGGAAAACAAAUCCCGUGAAUUCAUUCGAAGAAUGAGUAGAUUCCUUCUUCUCUUCCCCACAUUCUCUGCCAAACACUGUCUCUGUCUAGAAAGAGAGAGACGAUGACUGUGUGGAAUUUUCGCCAUAAUUAAAGGAGUUCAAAACCCUAGCUUUUGCUUUUUACUCUCUCUCUUUCUUUGUCUGAGUUGGAAAAUUUGUCAUCAAGCAAGCAAUCUUCUUUUUUAAUUUUGAUUUGGUUGUCUCUUCAAAGGCACCGAAAAGCUUCGCGAGAGCCCCUCCCUUUUUAGUCAAACCUGUUCUGAUCGAGCUCACUUACUGUGAAUUUAGAAGAGGAUUUUGAGGGUGGAGCAAACAAACCCUUUUGGGAUUUUCUCCAAUAUUGUUGCAAAUGGCGGAUCGCGUAAGGUGUGCUUCAAUUGAGGACUUGCCCUCGCAUUUAAUCCUAGAAAUACUGAGCUCGGGCCGGUUGAGCGCAGUUGAUCUAGUGUGUUUGGAGCUGACUUCACGGUUAUUUAGGGGGAGUCAUGGGUUGUUCCCUCACAAGUUCCGGUCUUUGGUGGACUUUGCAGCAUUUCAGCUUUGUGGAUCCCAUCCAAUAUAUGCUCCGCUGGGUCCAAAUGCUCGGACAGAGCUUUUCAAUCGGUGCAGUGGGAGCUGGAAGCGGGUUUUGAGGUUCUUGCAAUCGGUGGAGCAGUCGUCCAGCAUGGUUGAGACUUCAGCAGGCAAUCAGAUGCAGAUUAGAACAGGAAGAUUUCACUCAUUACUGAUCAAUGAUUCGUCAGUGUACUCUUGUGGGUCCAGUUUGUGUGGUGUUCUUGGUCAUGGUCCUGAAACAACACAGUGUGUAGCAUUUACCAGGAUCAAUUUUCCAUCUCGUGCACAUGUGAUCCAGCUCUCAGCCUCCCACAAUCAUGCUGCUUUUGUCAUGGAGUCUGGAGAGGUAUUUACAUGUGGAGACAAUUCAUCAUUUUGUUGUGGACAUAGGGAUACAGGCCGUCCAAUAUUUAGGCCUAGGCUUGUUGAAGCAUUGAAAGGAAUCCCUUGCAAGCAGGUUGGUGCAGGGCUUAGUUUUACAAUGUUCCUCACAACACAAGGCCGUGUCUAUACAUGUGGGACUAAUGCACAUGGCCAGCUUGGCCAUGGUGAUACCCUUGAUAGACCAACACCCACAAUUGUAGAACUGCUAGAGUCAGUUGGAUCUGUAGUUCAGAUUUCUGCCGGUCCGAGUUAUGCCCUGGCUGUAACUGAUGAUGGGACUAUCUACUCAUUUGGUUCGGGCACCAAUUUGUGUCUUGGACAUGGAGAACAGCACAAUGAGCUACAGCCACGUGCAAUUCAGUCAUUUAGAAGAAAGGGUAUCCACAUUGUUCGUGUCUCUGCCGGUGAUGAGCACGUUGUUGCCCUUGAUUCCAGUGGAAUUGUAUAUACUUGGGGCAAAGGCUACUGUGGUGCAUUGGGCCAUGGUGAUGAGAUCGAUAAGACUACUCCAGAACUCUUGAUCAGCUUAAAGAUCCAUGUUGCUGUGCAGGUUUGUGCAAGCAAGAGGAAAACCUUCGUACUGGUGGAUGAUGGUUCUGUUUAUGGCUUCGGGUGGAUGGGGUUUGGUAGCCUAGGGUUUCCAGACAGGGGAGCAUCUGACAAAAUUAUGAGGCCUCGAAUCCUUGACAGCUUAAGACCUCACCACAUUUCUCAAGUAAGCACAGGUCUCUACCACACUGUUGUAGUCACUAAUCGGGGACGAAUCUUUGGGUUUGGAGAUAAUGAAAGAGCACAACUUGGGCACGAUACCUUGAGAGGAUGCCUCGAGCCAACUGAAUUUUUUAUUCAAGAAAUGGAAAGUGAUGCAAGUCGGGUAUCAGAAAGUGGGUGAUCUAGUGGAACCUGCCAUCUAUUUUGUGGAGGUAAUUAUGGUUUUGUACUGCACGAGGACCCUGUUAGAAAUUUUUUCUUACCGUACCAAUUUAAAACCAAUGCCUACAUAGCACUGCAAAAAUCUGUUUAUUUUAGAUAUUAAUUGCAAAUUUCAUGCAAGUCUUUGUUGUAUUAAAGGUUGAAUGUGCAUUGUUUCCAUCAUUGUUUUAGUAGUAAAUUUGAGUUUCAGUUGAGAAAUUCCUCUACUUUGAUUUCUGCUACUUCCUCGAUUUUCAUAUCUUGGUAGUUGUUGGUCCAGUUGGCAUCUAUAUAGUGCUCUUUUUCGGUUC